GAAACGCUGGCCCGAGGCUAGUCCAUAUAAAGCCCAGCAAUGAGGCCCCGAGCUUCACUGCUACCUCUGACUCUACUCAACAAAUCAAGACACAGCGAUAGGACGACAUGCUGUUCGUUUUCGCAUCCCUUUGCCUGCUGGCCACAUGUUGGGCCCAGGACUGCCAGGUGGACAACAUUCAAGUGAUGCAGAACUUUGACAAAACCAGGUUUGCAGGACCAUGGUACGCAGUGGCCAAGAAAGAUCCCGUCGGACUCUUCCUGCUGGAUAACGUUGUCGCCACCUACAAAGUAGACGAUGUCGGCGCCAUGACAGCCAGCGCCGUGGGCAGAGUCAUCAUUCUGAACAACUGGGAGAUGUGCGCCAACAUGUUUGCUACCUUCGAGAGCACGCCCGACCCCGCCAAGUUCAAGAUGAGGUACUGGGGAGCCGCCUCCUACCUGCAGACUGGCUACGAUGACCAUUGGGUGAUUGACACCGACUACGACAACUACGCCAUCCACUACUCCUGCAGAGAGGUGGACUACGACGGCACCUGCCUGGACGGCUAUUCCUUCAUCUUCUCCCGCCACCCCGAGGGCCUGAGGCCAGAGGAUCAGAAGAUCGUCACCCAGAAGAAACAGGAGAUCUGCUUCCUGGGCAAAUACAGACGCGUCCCACACACAGGGUUCUGCUCUGCGUAAAUACGCUGGACGAGAUGGAGAAAGGAUAAGAACAACUGUGAGCUUUUAGCUGUGGCCACUGAAGAUGUUGGCACAGACUGACAAUUUUAAAGAAAAGGACUGUACAUACAAGGAUAAAAUUAACAACCCUCUCUACCAAUAACAAUUACUAUUUUUCAUCCAGAAAAGACCUGAUUAUAGCCCAGGUUUGUCAAGAGCGUACAAUGUUGAAUGUAUUGUAAUGAUUUUAUGUACUGAAAUGAGUCAAUGUCUGUUUUUUUUUUAAAUAAAAUAUUCUUGUAAAAUCAA